AUGGAGAAUACUCAUCGAUUGGGACCUGAAACAAAGCUAAGUUUCUGUAUUUCAGAGUUAUUGCAGUUAGAAGCCCCAGGAGAUUACGACAAAGAAUCGUGGGCAAUGGAGCCAGAAGAAAAACUUGCAUCAGUCCCAAAGCUUCGAGAAGAAGGUAAUGUCCUGUAUAGAACUAAGGAAUACAAGAGAGCAGCUGACAAGUAUGCCGAAGCUCUGAAUCGUCUUGAGCAACUUCUGCUUAGGGAGAAGCCUGGGGAUGAAGAGUGGAAUCAGCUUGAUUACAUGAAAAUUCCAUUGCUACUAAAUUAUUCUCAGUGUAAGCUUUUGGAAAAAGAUUACUAUGCUGUGAUAGAACAUACAACAUCUGUAUUACAGAAGGAGCCAAACAAUGUCAAGGCACUUUUUCGUCGAGCUAAAGCUCAUGUUGGAGCAUGGAAUCCUGUUGAAGCUCAUGAAGACUUCUGCAGAAUAAUGGAACUAGACCCUAGUCUGGAAAACACAGUAAGACGUGAGCUUCAGUUAUUAGAGAAGGAAGAGAAAAAAAAGAAUCUUGAAGAUAAAGAAAUGUUAAAAGGAAAAAUCUUUAACAUGUAAAUAUUAACUUAUUAACCCUUUCUGGACUGGAGGAGUGCUAUUGGUAUCCCCUUUUCUUCCCUUCUCACAAUGGAAAUAGUUAACCAAAUUGUCUGAAUCUUAAAGCAAAUUUACUAAAUUGUAUCUUGUUUUUGCUUCAAAACAUCAUGUGAUUUGAUGUAGUUUUUCUGUUACUCUUUUUACAUGUGAAAUUUCUAAAACCUCAUUAUGAGACACUUUUUAGAAGGAAAACACAUUCAACAUAUUCUUUUGUUUUCUUCUUAGAACUUUUGUUUAAUGUUGAUCAGAAGGUUCCAGCUAGUUUCAAUUUGAUUUAUAAUCAUUGGUGUAUUUGUUCUGAUAUUUUAUUUUACUGACUGUAUUAGUCAUUACUUCAAGCUAAGAAUAAUGUCAGGUGAGUGUUGAAUGUAAUAACUAAAAAAUUUAAUGGAGUUUGUGAAUUUUAAUUGUUGUAUCUUAAAAUUUAAGUUUUACUUGGGAAAUUUUUUGUGCUUCCUGUUGGUGAUUGCUUGAGUUUUAAUAGGAUUAAGUGCUACAUGCCAUCUGUUAAGGCCCAGCAUGGCCAGGUGGUUAGGGCGCUCGACUCUCAAUCUGAGGGUCGCGGGUUUGAAUCCCUAUCACA